GAAUACUUUUGGAAUCAAAUGGAAAAGUCAAUAGAAUGAUGAAGACAUUUUAAAAUAAAACAGAACUUGUGGCACUGAACGUUUCACCUGCCUUCCAAAUUUUUUGAUUUCGCAACCGUAUUUCACCUUUGGCAUAUAGCACAAGGUCUAAACUGCAGAACGUGGAGCUCGCAUCCGCAUUGAAUUUCGCAUUUUGAACGAAAAACAUUUCGCAUACCGCGCUCGCAUAUUAGGCAUUCACGUGUGCUGUUGACAGAGGCAAGCAGACGAUCAUACUUGUGCAGCAAAGGAAAAUGGGUCUAUUUGCACCUAUUGCAACGGCCGCAGCUACAACGGCUACAAUAUGGAUUAUUCCUUUCUUGGCAGCAACUCUCUCCUUCUAUGAGUAUGAUGACUACGAUCCGGAAGGACGCCCUAGGGACGCCAAGGUGAUUUACAAAAGUUAUGAUUUUAUUGUCAUCGGAGCAGGAUCAGCUGGAGCUGUUGUAGCUAGUCGGCUGACUGAACAACCUGGUUGGAAUCUCCUACUGUUGGAAGCUGGUGGCGAUGAGACAAAACUGUCUGACAUCCCUGUUUUGGCUGCGUAUUUGCAACUUUCAGAACUUGAUUGGCAAUACAAAACUGAACCUCAACCCACAGCUUGCCUUGCAUUUAACGAAAAAAGAUGUAAUUGGCCACGCGGAAAAGUGAUGGGCGGCUCAUCGGUGCUCAACUACAUGUUGUAUGUUCGUGGUAAUCGACGGGACUAUGACAGUUGGGCCCAAAUGGGCAACUACGGCUGGAGCUACGACGACGUCCUGCCAUAUUUCAUCAAAUCGGAGGACAACCGAAAUCCUUAUUUGGCUGAAUCGCCAUAUCAUGGAGUCGGUGGUUAUCUAACAAUACAAGAAGCACCGUACAGGACACCGCUGGCAAUAUCCUUUAUUGAAGGUGGCAUCGAACUAGGUUAUGAAAAUCGCGACGGUAACGGGGCCUUUCAAACAGGUUUUAUGAUCGCUCAAGCAACAAUUCGGCGUGGAUCAAGAUGCUCUACUUCGAAGGCUUUCUUGCGACCAGUGCGAAUGCGGAGGAAUCUUCACAUUGCCAUGAAUUCACACGUUUUGCAGAUCAUGAUCAAUCCCGUAACUCAUCAAGCUUACGGCGUGAAAUUCGAACGGAACGGAAAAAUCUACAUCGUUCACGCCACUAAAGAGAUUGUCGUGUCUGCCGGUUCUGUUAACACGCCGCAACUCCUCAUGCUGAGCGGAAUCGGUCCAGCUGAACAUUUAAAAGAACUUGGAAUUCCAGUUAUUGCCGAUUUACGAGUUGGUGACAAUUUACAGGAUCACAUAGCAGCUGGUGGCAUGGCUUUUACAGUAGACAAGCCAGUUUCGAUGGUCCAGAGCCGCUUCGAAAAUCUGGCAAGUAUCUUACGUUAUGUCAUGAAUGAAGAAGGACCAUUUACGGUUCCAGGAGGAGUCGAGGGACUAGCCUGGGUAAACACCAAGUAUGCCAACCAUAGUGACGAUUGGCCAGACAUCGAAUUCCAUUUCGUAUCCGGAACGCCAGCUGCUGACGGAGGUGCCCAGAUUCGUCAUGUCCAUGGUCUCACGGAUUUCGUUUGGGAGAAUUACUAUGGGCCCAUCGCUUUUCAUGACACCUGGUCUGUUAUUCCCAUGUUGCUGAGGCCAAGAUCAGUCGGUUACAUCCGCCUCCGUUCCGCUGACCCCUACGACAAGCCAUUGAUUUUCCCCAAUUACUUCGUCGAUGAUUAUGACGUCCGAGUUCUCGUUGAAGGCGUGAAAAUUGGACUGGCCCUCGGAGAAACGGCAGCCUUCAAGAAGUGGGGCUCGAAGUUCUGGGCGAAACCCUUCCCCGGAUGUGAACAUUUGCCUUUGUGGAAAGACGAUUACUGGGCCUGUUUCGUCCGUCAUUAUUCUGCUACCAUUUAUCAUCCUACGGGUACGGCAAAAAUGGGUCCUAGGAGUGAUCCAACUGCUGUGGUUGAUCCGGAGCUGAGGGUCUAUGGGGUUCACAACUUGCGAGUGGUCGAUUGCUCAAUCAUGCCGAAUGUGCCAUCCGGCAACACAAACGCACCAGCGAUUAUGGUUGGUGAGAAAGGCUCUGAUUUGAUCAAAUCAUUUUGGCUGAACUACUUGUCCAUGAAAAAGUAGUCAAUAACAUGUAAAACCAUACCAUUUUUACCUCUAACCUAGUCUUCAGUCCCGUUAAAUGGGGACCAACUUUGAUCUGUUAAGUUGCGUGGUCUAGCGAAUGUAUAUUGCCAUCCAUUAUUUGACUAUAAAAUAUGGGGAAAGUGAA